AUGAAGCUCAUCUCGCCUGCUGUCAGGAAACACUGCAGGAAAAGAAUACAUUACUACCUGCUGAUGAUCAAGAAACACAUUAAACAUCUUCCCGGCUAUGAACAAGCACUAGGCGAGUGGCUCCAGCAGAUCCCUGGAACAACAUCCAAGAUCUCUGUCCAGAAGAGCGCAGUCCUAGAAACAGCUAAGAUACUGCGCAGGACCCUCAAGCUCCCAGGCCUCUGUGAAGAAGGGACUCUGGGAGACUCUGACACACUGAGGGAGAACAGCCGUGUGGUGUCUCUGAAGCGUGUUCAGCUCCAACUGCAGCUGCCAGCGGUCUUCAUCGUCCUCCUCCUCGCUCCUGUGUUGACCAGCUGCACGGAGCUCAUCCAGCCAAGGGACUGCAGCGACAUCCGCCGCCAGAACAGAAGCCAAAGCAGCGGCGUGUACACCAUCUAUCCCCUUGGAGAAAGGUCUGCGGUCCAGGUGUACUGUGACAUGGACUCAGAAGGAGGAGGCUGGACGGUGUUCCAGAGGAGGAUGGACGGCACGGUGAACUUCUACAGACCCUGGGAUCAAUACAAGAUGGGCUUUGGUGACGCUGCUGGAGAGUACUGGCUCGGUCUCGAUGUGAUCAACAUUAUGACAUCCAAGCAAAAAUGUGAGCUGCUGGUGGACAUGGAGGACUUUGAAGGGAAGAAAGUGUUCGCUCGUUACUCUUCAUUUAAGGUGGAUGCUGAAUGUGACGGAUACAAACUGACUCUUACUGGAUUCAAGGAUGGAGGGGCAGGAGACAGUCUGAGUGCUCACAGCGGACAGAAGUUCUCCACAUUUGACAAAGACCAGGACAACUGGAGUGGGAACUGUGCCAAAACAUAUCUGGGGGCGUUCUGGUACAACAACUGUCACUUUGCAAACCCUAACGGGGUUUAUCGUUGGGGGGCUGAUGGUAGUAUCUUUGCUGUUGGUGUGGAGUGGUACCAAUGGAAAGGUUAUAACUACUCCCUGAAGACCAUCAGCAUGAAGAUCCGUCCUGUGCAGUAA